CGGUGCAGGGUCGCGCAGGACCGCGGCGGCGAUGCGUGGGAGCCGCUGAGAGCGGAGGGGCCUCGGCCGGUGUUGCGAGCGGCGUUCACGAUGGAGGCCGAAGGCUUGGACUGGCUUCUGGUCCCGCUGCACCGGCUGGCUUCCUGGGGGGCGGCUGGGGCCAUGGUCUUCGGAGGGGUGGUGCCCUACAUCCCACAGUACCGCGACAUCCGGAGGACGCAGAACGCCGAGGGCUUCUCCGUCUACGUGUGCCUGGUGCUGCUGGUGGCCAAUAUCUUGCGGAUACUCUUCUGGUUUGGAAGGCGCUUCGAGUCCCCGCUGCUGUGGCAGAGCGUGGUCAUGAUCUCGACCAUGCUGCUGAUGCUGAAGCUCUGCACGGAAGUCCGCGUGGCCAACGAGCUGAACAUAAAGCGCCGCUCCUUCGCAGCUGCAGAUAGUAAGGAUGAAGAAAUCAAAGUGCCCCCCAGGCGGUCCUAUCUGGACUUCGACCCUCACCACUUCUGGCACUGGAGCAGCUUCGCAGACUACGUGCAGUGUGUCCUGGCCUUCACAGGUGUGGCGGGCUACGUCACGUACCUGUCCAUUGACUCGGCCUUGUUCGUGGAGACCCUGGGCUUCCUGGCUGUGUUUACCGAGGCCAUGCUGGGCGUGCCCCAGCUCUACCGCAACCACUGCCACCGCUCCACGGAGGGCAUGAGCAUAAAGAUGGUGCUCAUGUGGACCAGCGGUGACGCCUUCAAGACGGCCUACUUCCUGCUGAACGGGGCGCCCCUGCAGUUCUCCGUGUGCGGCCUGCUGCAGGUGCUGGUGGACCUGGCCAUCCUGGCGCAAGCCUACGCCUUCGCCCGCCACCCCCAGAAGCCAGCGCCCCACGCCACGCACCCCGCCAGUGCCAAGGCCCUCUGAGGCAGCCGGGGAGGACAAAGGCCUGUGGCCGCCAGCCACAGACACUGCCCACCUGUCCUCCAGGCGUGGGGGACGGGCACCGUGGCCCCUGCAGGCGGGUGUCAGGUUCUCGACGAGCCUGUGCGUGGGCCCUGGGCAGGCUGCUGGAGGCAGGGCCGGGCGAUGUUUGUGCUCACCACCGCAGGGACGGCCAGCAUGGGUUUGACACCCCAGGGCUGGGUUUCAGGUAUUUUUAAGGUCAUGGCAAAAGUGAGCAUCUUUUCCCACUUCUGCUCAGAAACACCUGCCCUGAACCCAGGUUGUGUUCGCAGACACACGAGAAGGCACAGCAGCCCUGCUCCCUGCUCGGCCCCGCCUCCCGGGUCCGCCUCAGCCCACAGGACGGCUCCCCGGUGGGGCUGGGGGGCCUGCAGCCCAGGGUGAGCAGACCCUCACACCAGUGUGCAGGAAAUGCAAAGGGGACAGGUGUCUGGAGACCCCUCGAGUCCCAUGAACAGAGCCUUGGGACCCUUACCGAUGUGCUGCUUGGAAGGGAAGUCCCCCACUGCCCGGCGCGGGCGGCACAGCGCAGGGCUGGCGUCUUCUCUGCCCUGGUGUGCAUGGAAGGGGCCACGAGGAUGCAGGUGCCCGUGCUCCUGAGCAGCCCCCUGGGAUGCGGCGCCGGCCCAGCAGGGCCCGAAAACCCCGUUGCUGUGCUGCCCCUUCCCGGGAGGGGCUACGUGUGCACCCCGGGCUAGCGGGCGGCCCGUGUCUGAGCCUGGCUGGGCGCUGGCUGGCGAGUUCGGGUGUGAGAGUCGGGGCAUUAGGUUCUCCUCGGGUCCCUGGGGAUGUCCCUUAGACAGACGUGGAGGCCCUCGCGGGGGUGUGGGAGGCCGAGGGGGGCGGGGCCGUGGCCGUGGACAGCUCUGGGGGGCUCCACGGGGGAGAUUCCCUUGAUUCUGGGCGUUGUAUGCACUGGCCAGACAUAGCUUUAACUUCCGUCUUCCGGGACAGAGACGGCCUUGGGUCCGUAGGGGGAGGCCAGGCCGGUGCCCCGACGGGCAGGGUCCUGCUGCUGCCGUCCCCGGGGGGCAACCUGAGUAGGGGCGGCCUGGCGGGGGCUCCUGCCGCAUCCUCUGUGCGCGGCCCCCAGGCCCGUCGGCCCCGGAGCUCUGGGUCUGCAGCGUCUGCGGUGGGAGCCGCUGGUCUGACCUUGGCACCGCACGUCUGCGCAGCCCUGUUUUCAGUUUAACGCGCGGUCACGCCGCGCUCAGCCCUGUGCUGGCCCCAGAGCUCUAUAGAGGUGCUUCUGUGUGGCUCCCGCGGGGCGGUGUCCCCUUCUGCUGGCGGAGGGGCCGCCUCCGUGUAGGCGCCGCCUGUGUGCACCAAAGCCGUCCGCCGCGGGUGUGGCUUCCGUGGCCGGCGGGGGACGGCCCAGCGCUGCUCCUCCCCCCCGAGUGCCCCUCCGAGAUCUCUUGAAUGUUUGAGUGAGGAUCUUCCUCAGCUCUUGGGCCUGUAAAAUGCUUUGAAGAUUUUUAUUUUUUUAAAAUGGAGAUGUCUAUAGUGUUAAUGCCUCCAAAUUAAAAUGUCACCGACAACUGCAGGUGCGACGACUGUC